GUCGUUGCUUAUUGGGAAUUUUUCUGUUGCGUUCGGAAAAUGAAAGAGAUGAGGACGACAAGGUAGUGCCCUUCAAAUUGGGGUUUCUCGACACGGAGGAGUAUUGUGGGAACGGAUUAGACGGGAGGGGAAGAGAAGGCGUUUUCGAUCAUAUCCUUCGCGAAGAAAGAUUCUGUCAGUAGCAAUGGCAACUUCUUUAGAUCAAUGGACGAGGGAGCUCAAUGAAGCUUCAAAACUUGCAGAGGAUAUUAGUGUGAUGAUAUCUGAAAGGGGAUCUUUGCCUCCGUCAGGCCCAGAUACCCAACGCCAUUUAACUGCAAUGAGGAGGAAGAUAACAAUUCUCCGGACCAGAUUGGAGAGCUUGGAGUCUAUUCUUUCGAAGCUUCCGAGUUUGCAACCAAUAAAGGAUAAGGAGUUAAAUAAGCGUCAAGAAAUGCUAGCAAAUCUGAAAUCUAAAGCGGACCAGAUGGCAUCUGAGUUAAAUAUGUCAAACUUCAGCAACAGGAAGGACUUGUUUGGAGAUGGUAAAAAGUCAGCUGAUGUGGUAAGCAGAACUGCUGGGUUGGAUAAUCAAGGUAUCGUUGGUUUACAAAGGCAAAUUAUGAGAGAACAAGACGAGGGCCUUGAAAAGUUGGAGGAGACUGUGUUAAGUACAAAACAUAUUGCACUAGCAGUUAAUGAAGAAUUGGAUCUGCAUACAAGAUUAAUUGAUGAUCUCGAUGAACAUGUUGACAUAACUGACACGCGGCUACAGAGAGUGCAAAAGAGGCUGGCAAUCCUAAGCAAGCGCACAAAAGGUGGUUGUUCGUGCAUGUGUCUGCUCCUUUCUGUAGUAGCAAUUGUGAUUCUGAUCGUGAUAGCAUGGGUUCUCAUCAAGUACUUGUAGAAAGGGCACCAAGUAUCUAAUAUGCCAUUUAUAUGGAUCUGCAUGAUGCUAGUCUUGCGUGUUUAUAUCCUGAGAUUUCACUUGGUAUUCCUGGGAGAAUGGCAAAAUAAUAUCCGCACUUUUUUGCUUGAUAUAAUA